GUCUGAAGCUAUCCCAUGAAACUGAAGUUGUAUAGAAUAAUUCUAUUUUCCACCUACAUUAUCCAAUCUGGACACAAGACGAUUCAGAAAAUAUACAGUAGGAAAAGCUUCGUAACAAAAUGAGCAGAUCUGUGGAAACUUCUUUGGUUUUGGUUAUCGUUUGUCUGAGGUUCAUUUCGCUGAUGGGAGCAAAAUCACAGUUACCACCAGAAGGACAAACAGAUAAUGAAAAUUUCACAUGUCCUCAUAUGUGCACCUGCAUUUUCGACGACUACAGUGAAGAACUGAAUGUCUAUUGCAGCUCUCAUAAUCUUACCAGCAUUCCCAAAGAUGUACCAAUUAAUGCCAAAGCACUUUGGUUUGAUUGUAACAACCUUACAGUUCUUCCAUCCCAUAUUUUCAGAAACCUGCCAAAUCUGAACUUCUUGAACCUGGAGAAAGGACAGAUAGUUAGCAUAGAGCAACACGCCUUCUAUGGUUUGAAGCAACUGGUCCACCUCCAUUUGGAAAGGAACAAACUGAAAAACCUGGCACCAAAUGUGUUCCACCACACUCCGUUUCUGGGCUCACUUAGUCUGAACAACAACAACUUUGGCAAAAUUGAAGAAAUGUUAUUUUCUGGCCUCUCCCAUCUCUGGUACCUGAAUCUGGGUUGGAAUAAUCUUGCAGUGUUGCCUACAGCAAGCUUUCAUAAUUUGCCUAAAUUAAGGGAGCUUAUUUUAGCAGGAAAUAGGUUAAUUUACCUGCAGACACAUCUGUUUGGCAGAUUGACAGAGUUAAAGGAACUUGAUCUGUCCAGAAACCUGUUGAAAAUCAUAAAGAGGAACAUCUUUGUAGAACUGCAAAAACUUCAGAAACUUUAUUUGAGCUACAAUCAAAUCAGCACCAUCGUACCCAGAGCUUUCAUGGGAAUGAAAUCUCUUAGAUGGUUAGACUUGUCCCACAAUCGCAUUAUCACAUUACAUGAAGAGACAUUCACUGGACUCGUAAACCUCCAUGUACUUCGAGUGCUCAACAAUUCCAUCACAAGAUUAAAGCACAGGACCUUCAGAGAACUCCAAUUUCUGGAAGAACUCCAGUUUGGGUACAACAAAAUCAAGAGCCUUCCUGAAAACAUAUUUGAUGGCUUAGUCCAUUUGGAAGUCCUCACUCUGAAUAAUAAUCAGAUACAGGAGAUCACACCAGGGGCAUUUGUUGGUCUUUGUGAUGUAGCUGUGCUUAAUCUAUCUAGCAACUCUUUGAAGAACUUACCAGAAUAUACCUUUAAAGGUCUUCCUAAUCUUCAUAGCUUGCAUUUAGAAAAUAAUGCGGUCACAAAAAUUCAACCAAACACAUUUUCUGGACUGAUCAGCCUUCGAAGACUUUUCUUGCAAAAGAAUCACAUUUCUGUUAUCGACAACCAGAGCCUCAGUGAUUUACGAGAGCUUUUGGAACUGGAUUUCAGGUACAACAAACUCAUACAGCUAUCUCCUCAUGCCUUCACAGGUAUAUCAAAUCUGGAAUAUCUUCUGUUAAAGUGCAAUAAACUUGCACACAUUCCCGAUAUCACCUUUCAGCCUCUUCAGCAGCUCUCUUGGCUUGAUUUAUCAGAGAACUUUAUUGAGUUUUUCUACAAUCAUACUUUUAAACCACUGACCAGGUUAAAAUAUCUGAACCUGAAGAGCAAUUCUUUAAGGCAUUUCCCAGAUCAAUUCUUGAAACAGUCAUCAGAACUUGAACAAUUAUUGCUGGAUGGUAAUAAGUGGCAUUGUGACUGCUUGUUGAAGUCUCUCAGAGAUUACUGCCUGGAGAAUCCCCAUGUUGUACCCCGUUACCUUGAAUCAACAAUAGAAAGAGAUGAAAGUCAUAUAAUCGUGUAUACAUACAAUAACAUCACAUGUGCAAGCCCGCAAGCCAUUGCUAGUAUAGAUCUGAGAGACAUCAGCGAGGACUAUUUUGUUAACUGCUAACAUCAAGUGCAACAUGAGAUCCUGCCAACAAUUAUCACACACAGAUUAUUCACAUAGCUAUAUUGCGAUUACUUUAUCUUUUACAAGCACAUAUUAUUUGCAUAUGCAAUUACAACAAUAAAUUAAUGUUAGUUAAGGGGGGCCCAGACAAUUCUGGCCAGCAUAAUUUGUUACUGAUAUAAUAUUCCUUUCUGGCUCAGUGAACAUAUGAAUUAGCUUAUUAUAAUUGUUUCUGCAAAUAAUGCUUAGCUGAUUGAGCUACAGUAACAAUAACUGCACUGACUUGAACAUUAAACAGCAUAAAGGGUAGUAAAAAGCUCUACUUUUCUCCCCCCAAAGUUUUCACAGUGAUCGGAGAAAUGAUUUUACUUGUUAGGUGAACCAAAAACAGAAUUGAAACUGGUGGAUGUGUGAGUUAGGAAUGUAAGAAGAAAAAUUAACCAUUUUGUGAAUUAUACUAAUGAGUAAAAAGUGCUACUAAAUGAAAAUACUGAAAAAAGGUGGAAAUCUGAAAUAAAAAAGAGAAAACAUUGUAAGUGCUAAGUGGGUCAGAGAGCAUUUAUGGAAACAAGGAGGCAGCAUUCCAGGUUUGUGCCUUUCAUCAGAACUGGAACAGAUUAAGAACUAAACAAGUUUUAAGAUGCCGAGGAACAGGGAAAGAACAAAAAAGUAGCUCUGUGGUAGGGUGGGAGAUAAUAAGUUGUAAUGAGCAAAGUAAAGAAGUAAAAGAUUGAUCUAAUGGAGGCAUAAGUAGGAGUGUUGGAAUCAUCAGUGAUAGUUAACUAAGCAUAUAUCCCAGUAACACCCAAAGGAAAUUAUGGAUUAGUUUAUUUCACAGAAUUCAGAACAGUUUUAAGUCUACACUUUCACUUAGACAACACAUAUCCCUCUAAACCUUUUCUAUCCACGUACAUCUCCAAAUGUUUUUUUCAAACAUUGUAAAUGUACCCACCUUUACAUCUUCCUCUGACAGUUUGUUCCAUAUACCCAUCACCAUCUAUGUGAGAAAUUGUCCCCUCAGGUCCCUUUCAAAUCUCUACCCUUUCAACUUAGAUGUUCUCUAGUUUUAGACUUCCCUACCCUGGGAAAAAGACUUGCCCUUCACUCUAACAGGAAUAUGUUGACUGUAAGCUCUCCUCUCCUUUAUCUGCAACAGCCUAUCCCAAUCACCUUUCACAAGUUCCAGUCUAAUGCCUGAAAAAUUUGCCUUGCCCCAAUUUAGGAUUUUAAUUUGUGGACCAGUCCUAUCUUUUUCCAUAACCAUUCUAAAAGUAAUAGAAUUGUGGUCACUGGUGACUAGUUCAGCUUCAAUGGAAAUUUACAUUCUGUACAGUCCUGUGUUCCUCCCCAUCACAGAACUUCCUCUUUUUCCUGCAUUUUACAACUUAGUUGGCCUUUCUAAUGAAAAGUCAUCAACCUGAAAUGUUACCUCCAGUCCCUCCAUAGAUGCUCCCUAAUCUGCUGGUCAUUUCCAUGACUCCCUCUUUUUUUAAUUUGAGAUACUUAUAAAUGUAGACAUAUCAGUACAUAUUUAAUUACAGUAAUUUCAGAAUCCUUUGAAUAAUAUUUCUCAAUUUGCAUUAUUUAAUUUUGUUUCUUUGUUCACGGAGACAUGAGGUUAAUGAAUUUCACUGCCGAAUAAGAUUCUCCUUAAUCCCACCAGAGGACUCAUUCAUAUUUUUUCCCUUCACUUGCAAGUACAACAGAGCAAGUACAAUAAAAUAUUCCUUCAGAUGAAACCUCAAUUGCAAAUUAGCCUUAAGUGGAACUCAAACUUCAGAAUUCUAAUCAGUUAUUCAGCGAAUACAAUACCAUAGCAGUGACAUCUUCAGUUCAAAUCCAUCACCACAGAUGGAGGAGUGAAUAUAAAAGCUCGUAUGACCACAAAAUCACUGGAUUGUCAUUGCAAGUCAUUUUGUUCACUAACAAACUUUAGGCGAUGUCGACUCCUAUUCUUAUUCGAUCUGACCGAGGUGCAGCUCCAGACCUGUACAUCUACGUGUUCGACUCGUAACUGUCCUUUUGAAUGACCACCAAAUCAGUCAAUUCAAGGAAAAUUAAGGAUGGACCCGUGUCGUGAACAAAUGAAAAUUAAUAUCACCUGCAAGAGCUUUUCCUAUUACCAUAAAGUUGAAUCUGAUCAUAAGCAAUCUCAGUCAAAAUGUCUCAACUGAACUGCAGUCAAAAUAAUGUCUCUAUCUAUGUUAUAGCACCGAUAUUUCAUGCUUCAAUAAAUUGCGAUAGCUCAU